GGGAGCGGCACCGGCACCGGGCACGGCGGCACCAUGGACGACCUGGACGCCUUACUGGCAGAUCUGGAAUCCACCACCUCACAUAUCUCCAAGCGCCCAGUGUUUCUCACAGAGGAAACACCUUACUCCUACCCAACUGGAAACCACACGUACCAGGAGAUUGCUGUGCCCCCUCCAGUGCCCCCACCACCUUCCAAUGAGGCCCUGAAUGGAACUGUGAUCGACCCCUUAGACCAGUGGCAACCCAACACACCCAAAUACAGCCACCAGCAACCUCAGUCCCAGUCUCCUAUAUACAGCUCUAGUGCCAAAAGCUCCAGUGCCUCAAUUCCUAAAGACGGGCUCAGCUCUCCUUCUCCCCGUGCCAGUGAAGAGGAACACGUCUACAGUUUCCCGAACAAGCAGAAGUCUGCGGAACCAUCUCCCACCAUGACCAGCUCCUCUCUGGGCAGCAACCUCUCAGAACUGGACAGACUCCUCCUGGAACUGAAUGCUGUUCAGCAUACACCUGCCAGUGGCUUCCCAGCAGAUGAAGCUGGCAGAAGCCCAUCACUGCCCAGCGUGGCUGGACCUCACUACGUUGUCCCAGAGAACAGCAGCUCUGGGGGAGGGAAGGCUGCACCCCCGACAAAGGAAAAGCCAAAGCGAAACGGUGCCCGUGGGAUCGAAGAUGUGCGUCCCAGUGUGGAGAGCCUGCUGGAUGAGCUGGAGAGCUCCGUGCCAAGUCCAGUGCCUGCCAUCACUGUGAGCCAGGGUGAGGUGAGCAGCCCCCAGCGGGUCACGGCCAGUCAGCAGCAGACCCGCAUAUCUGCUUCCUCAGCUACACGAGAACUGGAUGAGCUGAUGGCAUCUCUCUCUGACUUUAAGACUAGUUCCACUAUGUCUCUGAUUUCUGAACCCUCCCUAGAACCAGUUCCCAGCUCAGCAAAUGCAGACUCCAGCGACACCCCUCCCAGUUUAACAGUGCUGCCCCACUCCAAACACCCUUCUGCUACUCCCAGUGGGGACUGGACAGUGCCACCAUGUGCCCCCUCAGCAGAACUCUGUGCUGAGAGAGGCAGUGACACUGCAGUGCUGGCUGUUCCAGGGCAUCCUGCUGCCCCUCCACCUGUGCCCCGUUUGGCACAAGCAGUCCCUGUGCCCCCACCACGCAGCUCUUCUGGUUGUGCUACUCGUGGGGAGCAGGUGACUUCUGCAAGCUUGGCUCAGCUGAGCAGAAAGCCUGACUUUUCUAGAAACUCCUCCCAGGCUCUGCCAGCUUCCAGUGUGGAGCUUCUCUGUAGACCUGCUGAUGUGGAGGCACGAGGCCUGGGCUAUGAUUUGGCAAAAGAGAUUGAGAAGAAGGAGCAGAGAACUGACCCCAAAAUCUCAAGUAUAUCCAUUUCAAAUGCUUCAAAUGGUCAGGGGAAGGGGCAGGUAUCCAAAGAGCUGGAUCAGCAGGGAGCAUUGAUGGACAAGUCAGCCCUUUCCUCCCCGGGCAGAAGUGUGGAAACAGCUUUAGAUGAGCUGUGGGCCCUGGAGCUGCCUGCACAUGCACCAGAGAUACAUGCAAAGAAUGACAGCGUUUUGGAUUCUGUUUAUGAACCCUCUGUUGUUGCCCUGGGUCGGUGGGAUGUCUUCCCAGACACUAAAAACCAGCUGGGCUUUGUAGUGGAGCAAGGACAGGAGGUAAAAGCUGAAGUGCCUCGUGAAACCAAGGUAGAUAAUGGUCCUGAUCUGGGCAAGAAGAGGCAGGGCAGGGACAGGACUCCUAGGAAGGCAGGUACUGCUAACAUGAACAAAGCCAGAGGAGACCAGGACAAAGAGCAGUUCAGAAGCUCUGCAGCCGCUCCGGAAUCUCCUGAAAACUUUGGGAAAACUGAAUGGGAUCUGCCAUGUGUCUCCAAACCACCCAUUGAGAGGAUUUCUGCAUCAGGCCAGAUUAAAUCUUUAAUCAAGAGGACGAAAGAGACUGCGAAUGUGCAUCCAAUGUCUCGGGACCUCUCUCCAAGGCGUAAGCUAGGUCCUGCCAUAUUCCACAAGACUGAGUCCCAAGAUCGCUUGAUUGAAGAGCUGCAGGACAGACUGGGCAUCGCUGAGCAGGAACAGGAGGAAUGGCAGAGCCAGGAUGCCUGGCUGACAGAGGGGGUCAUUGUCACUGCCAGACCCCGGGGGGAAGAGCAGAGUGGUGGACAGCAAGUAGAGAAGGUGGUUUUUCCUCCAGAAUCCCCGCUCCUCCCAAGGAGGACAGUCUCUGUUUCAGCCUCUUCCCAGCUCCAGCCUUCCAAAGAAGCUGCAAAGACAGUCCCUGCUAAUGCUGCUCUCUCUCAUGUCUCUGGCCCUGGACCUCUCCUCCCACUUCCACCUCAGCCUUCCCAUGUGCCAUCUACCCCAGCUCCUAGUCCAGUCUCUUCCUCUUCCUUCAACUUGGCUCCCCAGCCUCUCUUCCAGUGGGGAACUUCUGAUGAUGAUUAUCAUGAGGUUUCUGUUGUGGGCACCCCUCCUUCUGAGGAUCCCAGGCAUUCCUGUACUCCCCAGACCUGGACCCCAAGCACCAAGACAGUUGUUUCUGUUGGCUGUCAGACUGAAGAUGAAGCUUUCUUCCCAGAAAUGCAGACAGGCUUCUCUCCUCUGGUGACCUCUGCUCCUCCCCUUGUCCCCAGUGCCAAUCUGCUGGCUGCUCCUGCACCCCUGGGCCCCUCCACCCCUGGCAAGUUCAUGGCACAGGGGAAAGCCGGGAGCAGCUCCCCUCCAUCCACAGCCUCCAAGCCUGGCAGUCAGCUGGACACCAUGCUGGGAAGUCUCCAGUCUGACCUGAACAAACUGGGUGUAGCUACAGUUGCCAAAGGUGUCUGUGGAGCCUGCAAGAAGCCGAUUGCUGGGCAGGUAGUUACAGCCAUGGGGAAAACCUGGCACCCUGAGCACUUCGUCUGCACCCACUGCCAGGAGGAGAUCGGGUCGCGGAACUUCUUUGAGCGGGAUGGGCAGCCCUACUGUGAGAAGGACUACCACAACCUCUUCUCCCCUCGCUGCUACUACUGCAACGGGCCCAUCCUUGAUAAAGUGGUGACGGCUUUGGACAGGACAUGGCACCCUGAACACUUUUUCUGUGCCCAGUGUGGAGCUUUCUUUGGACCUGAAGGAUUUCAUGAGAAGGAUGGCAAAGCCUAUUGCCGCAAGGACUACUUUGACAUGUUUGCUCCCAAGUGUGGAGGCUGUGCCCGGGCUAUCCUGGAAAACUACAUCUCUGCCUUGAACACCCUGUGGCACCCCGAGUGCUUUGUCUGUCGGGAAUGUUUCACCCCGUUCAUCAAUGGCAGCUUCUUUGAGCACGACGGGCAGCCCUACUGCGAGGUGCACUACCACGAGCGCCGCGGCUCCCUCUGCUCCGGGUGCCAGAAGCCCAUCACAGGACGCUGCAUCACUGCCAUGGGCAAGAAAUUUCACCCUGAACACUUUGUCUGUGCCUUCUGCCUCAAGCAGCUCAACAAAGGAACCUUCAAAGAGCAGAAUGACAAGCCCUACUGCCAGAACUGCUUCCUCAAGCUCUUCUGUUAGAGGCACCAUCGACGGGCGCUAAAGCAUCUUUCUGCCACCCCCUCGGCAGUUCUGGCUCUCUGAACAUUACUGUGAUUUAGGAACCUUACCAGGCAGGGGAGGAGGGGGGUGGGGGGUGGGGAGUGCUUUCUGCUGCUAUGGAGAGGCAGUAGAUCCAGAGAUGAGACGGACCAUUAAACUGGAAACGCCCUUGCUGUGUCUCAGUAGAGAGAGGCCGAGAUCCCUCAUGACGGUGUGUGUGUCUGUGUGUGUGACUGACAGCUGAGCUUAGCUCGAGGGCUCCCAGGGAGAUCUUCCCAGCCCCCUCCUGGCAGCAGGAGUCUUUGCCAGUACGUUUCAGCCUGUGUCAGCUCUCUGAGCAAAUCGAGACACUUGCAGACAACACAGCCCUCUGCUUUGACACCUCCUUCUCAGGCUUUUGCCUGCACGUGUGCAGGGUGAGCGACAGCCCAGCAAGGGCACCCUGUAACCUCAGGGCCACCCUGGCUCCCCUCACAGAGCCACACCAUGUGUGUGACUUGCUGAGACCAGAGCACCAGCACAGGCAACCAAGACCCUGCAAGGGUCUCUCCAGUUCCAUUACACUGUAAGGAGAUAAUACCACUUACUUUUUUUUUUUUUUAAUUAAGAGGAAUCAAGAUGUUAAUGUGUGGGGUGGGGUUUUCCCCCUCCUAGUUUGUUAUGCCCUUUCUCGAUGCCUUUUCUCAGCACACCAGAGCAGGAGGUGGGGUAAGCCCUGCCCAUCCCUCAGCGCUGAUGUGUGCUCCUUGUGGGAACAUCCCAUGCCAGGCAUCUCCAUCCAGGACAGCUCAGGGCAUCUGCUCCCCUCGCCUGCUGCUCCUGGGAGAGAGGAAGAGGCAUCAUCCCUUCUUUAAAUGCAGGUGCAGAGAGGUCAGAGCAGCCUUUUUCAUCCAUCCCUGUUAUGAAUGAGUGUGAUGUGUGUGUGUUUAUCUGGCCUGAAACUCUCCCAUCUGUCAGGGCCUGAAACUGUCACAAGAGUGGGGACAAGUGGAGGGGGUUAAGAAGCCAGGAGAAAAAAAAAAUCCUAAAUUUAUAUCCUUUCUUCCUCUUUGCUAAUGAGACCUGUCAGCCCCUUGGUGUUUCCGUUUUCUGUGCUCUUGUUAAACAUGUUCUACUGAGAGAUGCUACAGCAAUAACCUUUUAUAUUGACUGUUACUGGUAUAACAAGUCCCGUGGGUCAGGUGUGCAUGACACACCUGGAGUUUUACUAUCAAAGUGAAUACUGUGUCCAGUCUUUGAUAAGAACUGUAGAUUUCUACACUGAUUUUGAAUUCAUAUCUAAUUUACUUUUAAUCCUCUUAUACAGAAAUUUGGUUUUGAAGUGAUUUUAAGAAAGCAACUUUUAUAUCAAGCUGUGCUGUUCUAGGCAGUGUGCCAGUUGUGCUGGCUUACUGCAUCUAUAACCUCAAUGCUUUGUUAAGCCGAACUAACAUUCAAUAUUUCCUUUUUAUUGCGGGUUGGGAGGGGCUGGAAUCUGUGGGGAAGGGAAUGUGACUUGUAUUUUUUCCCUAGCACAGGCAGGUGAACUGUGAAUAGCUUUUUUUUUUUUCCCCUCCUCUGGGUCACCUUAAAAGUGUGUUUUCUGGUUUUAUUGUAACCUGUAAACUGCUGUAUUUGAAUCACCUGCCUUUCUCCCAAAGCCCAGCUUCCAGGAUGUUUGAGUAAGUCUUAAUGUGAUGCUUUGGGAGAGGAGCUCAGACCUUUGCCCUCUGUUUCUCCUCUUCAGCCACCUGGAAUCAGAGCAGGGUAAACUGAGGAAAAAAGGUCUUGUGACUGAGGAGGAGAAACUGGGAGAGACGGACUCUGUUCCUGACUAGCUGUGUAACUUUGGGCCAGUCACUAAACCUUACUGUGCCUCAGUUUCCCCAUCUGUAAAAUGGGGGCAGUUUAGCCUGGAUUUGUGAGGUUAUUGUGAGGCUUAAGCUUGUGUUUGCUAAAGCACUUUUAGGUCUCUGGCUAGAGGGUGCUAUGGAGAGAGAAGGACUGCACUGAAAUUCCUGGUGCCAUUCUGUGGUACCAGCCAAGGCAGCCCAGGGGGCAGUGUUUGGAAUUAUUGCUCUAGAGUGCUACAGCACUGUCACCAGAGGCAUCUGGGUGUGCUUUGCAGCUUGGCAGGUGAAUUAGGGGCCCAGGGGUGGCUGUGUCAGAAACCAGCCCAGCCUUGGGCUGGAAACUGCAGGUCCCUGUCACACAACCUUGUCGUGGUGCUGCCCUGCCCUGCUUGGAUCACUGAAACUGUUUCACUCAUUUCCCCUACAAAUGAACUCAGUGUGUGGGUGUGAGGCCGAAGGGAGCUGUGGGAGCACUGGAGCUGUGUCAGCUGGGCUGAGUGUAGCUCUGAGAGAGUUCAUGAGGCAAGAAUCCUUAUGCAUUUGCCUUUUCAUCUGUGAAGUCGAUUUAACUUAAAUGGGUGUUCCUAAGCUGUGUGUGUUUAUCUCACUGAAAAGGUCAAUCCUUGGUGCCGCUGAGAGGACACACAGCUGUUGUGUCCGAGUGUCAGAAAGGAGUGAGAUGUUUCUGGCACUGCCACUGCAAAUGGCAUGACAUCUGCAAACUGUGUAAUCGUGUGCCUCAGUUUCCCUGUGCGGGGAGUCUUUAACCUACCUCACUCACUGCUAGCUGAGGGUUGUGUCAGUGACACUCCUGGCACACGUGGGAGGCCCUGGGUGCUGUGAGGGCUGCUGGGGGCCGAGGGGAGGCUCGGUGUCCUUAGUGCUUAACUGAGAUCAUUACACAUUUACCUCCUGCCUUCAUCUGGUGCCUGACGCGCUGGGAUGCUGCACCGAUGCUACUCUGCCAAAUAACGACUUGUGGUGUCCCAAAUGCCUGUGUAGUUCAUUGCAGGUGCAGUUCGAGGGUGGCACAGCCGGGUGUGGGGCUGGAGAUGGUGCUGGGGGGUCCCCGGCCCGGGAGAGGAGCGGGCAGGGGCUGUGACAGGUGCUCCGGGAGGGUCAGUGUGUGCACCCCCGGACCGGGCGCUACCCCUGGGGAAGGUCUUUCUCGCCACGUCCGGGCUGGGCUGGGGGAAGCUUGGCUGGGUCGACAAUUAUUUGAUUUUUUUUUUCCCCCCUCCCAUGUAAACUUCUAACCCCGCUUUUUUUUUCCAUUUAAAAUUCUUGCAGUUACGCCAAUAAAGUUUUUACCGUUAUUCUCA